AAAAAAAAAAAAAAAAAAAAAAAAAAAAAAAAAGUCUGAUUAAUUCAGUCAUGUCCACUACUUCUACCUCCACUUCUGUACCAUCGCAAACAUCAAACUCGACUUUAUCACCACCUCCGACAGCAAGAGCCCGUAGAGCUACAUCCCCAUUCACCUCAGCAUCGGCAAAUAGGAUUUCUAUCAAAGCACGACCCUUGAAGCCAAAACCUGAGCCAGAGCCUCGCAUUCAAAUUCUCAAGGAUGGAACCAUUUCUGCCAUAGCACAUCUCAUUUCUUCAGGGGAUGCAAAAAACAUCAUUGUAAUGACAGGAGCAGGAAUCUCCACCGCAGCAGGAAUUAAAGAUUUUAGGUCACCAGGGACAGGAUUAUAUGACGAUUUGGAAAAGUACAAUUUGCCAUUUCCUGAAGCAGUUUUCGAUCUAGCAUUCUUCAAGGAAACACCUCGUCCUUUCUACCAUUUGGCAAAGCAUUUAUACCCUGGACAAUAUUUCCCAACAUUGACACAUUAUCUACUACCACUACUGGCCAAGAAGAAGUUGCUACUCAGAUCAUAUACUCAGAAUAUUGAUUCUCUUGAGCGCUUAGCAGGCUUGGAUGAGGAUUUGCUUGUAGAGGCUCAUGGCUCGUUUGCUACUGCAAAAUGUGUCCAAUGUGAAGUGACCACUGAUUCAGCCUGGGUGAAACGUCACAUCAUGGAGGGAGAGAUACCAUAUUGCAAACGAUGUUCGGGACUUGUGAAGCCCAGUAUAACUUUCUUUGGCGAGAACUUGCCUUUACGGUUUUCAACGAUGGCAGAAACAGAUUUUGACAAAUGUGAUCUCUUGAUUGUUCUCGGGACGUCUUUGAAAGUGGAGCCAUUCAACAAGCUUAUAGCUAAAGUCUCGCCAAAAUGCCCAAGAUUGCUGAUUAACCGUGAAAAAGCAGGACAGGAGCUACAUUCUGGAUUUGAUUUUGAGGACAAGUGGAAAUAUACAGUACAGCGAGACGCUGUAUUUCUCGGAAACUGCGACGAUGGAGUUCAGGAACUCGCAGCUCUGUGUGGUUGGAAGGAGGAGCUACAAGGCAUGUAUGAAGCUGGACAUAAAGAACUGAAACUUGCUCGAGAACAGGAGCGUCUUGAAUCUAUCCGUAUCAAACCUAAGCGUGAAGAGGAUGAAGAUGAGGACUCUGAAACAGAGGAUUUAGGCCAUGAAGAUGAUUCGGACGGUAAUAAGUCAGGCACGGAAACGCCAGAGUCGUCAUCAUCAUCUCUUGAUGAUAUUACAUACCGCUUCGAAAAGUCAACACUUCAUUGUCAAACAGAGAGCUCAGAUGAGUCUCCAAAGACGACAGCAUCCUCAGAAAAGGCUGUGGAAGAUGUAGUCUCAACAAAAUUGAUUGACGUCAGUGACAAUAGCACGGAUACUGCAAAAGCAACAACAACAGCUACAACGCCAAGCAUCAGCACGGAUACUAAUAGUAAAGGAUCCCCUUUAAUUCAAGUAAUCAAGCAAAAAAUUGCGGAUUCUACUGCUACGAACAAGGCCGGUAUAGAAACACCCAAUACCAAGUCAGAGUCGAAAACAAAGCCACAAGAGGAAAAUUACGCAGGAGAACCUUCUUUAUCCACAUCCACAUCGCAGCCAUCGGCUCCAGAAUCAACGGUCAAUGUCUCUAUAUCUACUAAAACUACAAACGAGACGUCGAAAGGGGCCAAAGAUAAUAAGACCAACAAGUACACAAAGGCUAUCGUUUCAGAAACGCCUCUAUCAUCUGAACCAGCAAUUAUUGUUAAUAACACGGAAAAGCUACUCUCAAUCAGCUCAAAUUCAAAUGGAUUGCCAGAGACGUCCCUAGGCUGUUCGUCGACAACUAUUUAUACACCUCUGACAACUGCAACGGCUUCCCUGAGUAGUCAUCAACCAUUCUCGACUUGCAUCCCAGUGACAGCUGUAUUUAAUGAUAUAGUUCCGGAUCAUGCUGUAGAUAAUAAUCACGACAGCCACGAUAGUCAUAACGACAACAGCAGUAUCAGCGCUAGCAUAAGCGCUCACUCUGCAGCUCAUUUGGAUGGAGGAGGGCAUGGAUCACGCUCGUUAUUGCGGAGAAAGCGAAGAAAAGACUUUGAUAUCAUGUAUUCUGGAUCGCCUUUUGGAAGUGAUCUUCGGUUCUCGCGUGGAAUAUGCCGAGUGACCAAGCGACGACGCUGCAUAGAACGGUCUCCCAAGCGCUAUGAGAUGACAGCGUGCCCCUGUGAGUAAAUAGGAGAUAU